AUGGCGAAAGGAAAAGGCUUGAAUAUUCCAUUACUUGUUUCUGGAAUCUUGGCUCUUAUUGCAGCCAUUAUGGUGAUUCUUUUACUAUGUACACCAGUAAUAGUGGAUUUUGACCAUCGUGAUAAUGAGCUUGACUAUAUUGGCCUUAUUUCAAGCUGUGACGAAGACGGCUGCAGAUGGACAUGCUAUCGUGCAUCUCCUCGUAACGGUGCCUGCAACAAUCUCAUGUUGGCCAAGUCGUUUAGCGCAGUCAGUGUUGCCUUUAUCUUGCUGUUUUUGAUAGCGAUGUCUGCUAUGCAAUUUAGCGGUCGUCUUCCUAGCAAGGUGCUCAAGUCGGUCGGAGGUGGUAUUUUAUUUCUCGGUGUUUUAACUGCUAUUGCGAUAGUUAUCACUAUUAUUUUUAUUUCCCAAUCCCUCCGCAUUUCAAUCGAGCGUGCCAGCUACUCUCAUUCUAUCCAGCCUGGUGCAGGAUUCUACACUGCGAUCGUUGGCUUAGUCUGCUUGCUUGUUUCCAUGGGUGUUGCUGGUUCUGGCUUCUAUGGUUCACGCACUAAAAAGGAAUGUGCAAAUGUUCCAGCGACUUCAACGUAG